AUGCUGAAUGCGAUGCUGCGCCGCCGGGCAACCGGCUCCGCGCUUCGGUCAAUGGAAUCAUUACCAGCUCGAGCCCAUGCCUCAAAGGUGUCAAUGACCUGUCGACCAUCUUCCGCACGUUCCUUACAUACACCCCGACGACCUAUUCUCCAAUGGCGCACCUUGGCACCGACAUCCACGCCGAUCCGGUCUAAAUCCGACAAGUCCGAGAUCGCAGCCAAAGUCCAACCUCUCCGACGAUCCGCUAUUGCAGGCGCGCUGGGCAAAUUGUUCACAUACUGUGGUAUUUUUAUCGUUUCUAGCGGUGCUAUCGUGGUGGCCUUCUUUAUCUAUGAUGCUAGUACCUACCACGAAAGUACGACGGCUGCCGAUAUUCCCGUUUCGGAAUUGGCUCUGAACCCACGCCGCGGAGGCCCGAAGAACCUGCCUAUCGCCGACGUGCUGGUGGGCGACUAUGACUCUGAGUCUAUGCUGGAGCAGAAGGAUAAGCCCCGGCUGGUUAUUCUGGGCACCGGCUGGGGUAGCAUUGCGCUACUCAAGAACUUGAAUCCCGGUGAUUACCAUGUUACCGUCGUUUCGCCUACCAACUACUUCUUGUUUACUCCCAUGCUGCCCUCUGCUACUGUGGGCACGCUGGGUCUUCGGUCUCUUGUUGAACCUGUGCGGAGGAUUAUCGAGCGCGUCAAUGGUCAUUUCCUCAAGGCUUCCGCGACCGACGUUGACUUCUCUGCGAAAUUGGUCGAGGUAUCACAGGUUGAUAAUGAUGGUGUCAGGAAGAAUUUCUAUUUACCAUAUGACAAGCUUGUCGUUGGCGUUGGCUGCAUCACAAACCCUCAUGGAGUCAAGGGUCUUGAGCACUGUGACUUCCUGAAAACCAUUGACGAUGCUCGUCGGAUUAAAAACAAGGUGCUGGAGAAUAUGGAGCUGGCCUGUCUCCCCACUACUAGCGACGAGGAGCGCAGACGUCUGCUAUCAUUCGUGAUUUGUGGCGGUGGUCCUACUGGUGUUGAAUUCGCUGCUGAGCUGUAUGAUCUUCUGAAUGAAGAUCUGCUCCGUUCUUUCCCUCGCAUUGUUCGAAAUGAGAUUUCUGUUCACAUCAUUCAGAGCAGAAGCCACAUCUUGAACACUUACGACGAGGCUCUUUCCAAGUACGCUGAGGGUCGUUUCACACGCGACGGCGUUGAGGUAUUGACCAAUGCCCGUGUCAAGGAAGUCCGCGGCGAUCGAGUCCUUUUCUCCCAGGUGGAAGAUGGAAAGACUGUUACUAAGGAGAUCCCAACCGCUUUCUGUCUGUGGUCAACUGGAGUCGCUCGCGCCGAGAUCUCCGAAACCCUCUCUGACAAAUUGGAGGGACAAAACAACAAGCAUGCCCUCGAAACAGACUCUCAUCUCCGCAUGAUUGGCGCUCCCCUCGGCGACGUCUACGCCAUCGGUGACUGCUCAACGGUUCAGAACAACAUUGCAGACAACAUCAUCCGUUUCCUCCGCACGAUCGCCUGGGAAAAGGGCCGCGAUCCAGAGAAGGUGCACCUCACCUUCCCAGAAUGGACAGAGUUCGCCGGCCGCGUAAAGCGACGCUUCCCGCAAGCCUCGAACCAUCUCCGCCGCCUGGAUCUGCUUUUCGAACAGUAUGACAAGGACCACUCCGGCACUCUUGACUACGGCGAACUUUCUGAACUCCUAAACCAAAUCGAUACCAAGCUCACUUCCCUGCCUGCCACCGCUCAGCGUGCUAACCAGCAGGGUGUCUACCUCGGCCGCAAGCUCACCAAGAUCGCGGCUGCUCUCCCUGGACUCAAAGCUAACGAGAUCGACUAUGGUGACCUUGACGAGGCCGUUUACAAGGCCUUCAAGUACAGACACCUUGGAAGCUUGGCAUACAUCAGUAACGCCGCCAUCUUUGACUUCGGCGGUAUGAGCUUCAGCGGUGGUGUCAUUGCCAUGUAUCUCUGGCGCAGUAUCUACUUCGCCGAGAGUGUGAGCUUCCGCACCCGCUGUAUGCUGGCUAUGGAUUGGGCUAAGAGAGCACUCUUUGGAAGAGAUCUCAUGAGCUUCUAA